AUGCGCAUCCCCAUGAGAGGUAAGUAUUUACCAUUGUGUUUUGGAACUUGUAAUGCUGUAAACAGGAUAAGCAGAUGGAUUUGUUAUGCGGCUUUCCUUGCUAAACUGCACUACAAUAUAGCCAGCAAUUUGUCAUGUGUGGGUCCCAAAACUUCAAGGUUUGUGUUGCAAAAUCCCCAUCUUGACUCUGGUAUGGGGACGCUUUUACAAAUGAUACGCGACCCUGACGGGCGUCGAAGGGUCGAAAAUCAUGACCUGCUUCCGAGACUAUUACAAUGAAAAAUGCCCCCUCCCCAUAUCAAAACGGAAAUCUGUGAUGCAGAUUUGGGGUCAGAAAUCAGCUUUGUGAUGCUAGAAGGCAAAAGAUGCGGACUGUAGUGCUGCCUAGCGUAGGAAAGCCUUGCAGCUCCAGGAUGACAGGAGGCAUCUGGAAGUGGGAAACAGCAUGACAGACUGCCUGCAAUUUAGGCCGCAGCUUCGUCUCUUGGCCUUCUAGCAAUACAAGUCGAUUUGUGUACUCAAAUACAGCAUCACAAAUUCGCGCAUCUUCCGUUUCCGAUUUGGGGUAGGGACUUUUUUCACUUUGAUAGAGACGCGCUGCCGUGAGGGAUAGGGAGGUGAAUUUUACCGACCUAUGGAUCCCAUAGAAGUUCACGUCUAUGGGAUCGUGGUCCUUCGCAGGGCAUCAAGGGGAGUAAAGUUUACCGACGAUAGUGCGAAAAAGAAAAACAAAAGCCAGUUGCAGAUUGUCACAGAAGCCCGAGUAUCAUUGAAGGAAGUUAGCAACUACUCGCGGUGACACGAAGUUGCAGGCACCAUUGCAGCAUACCAUUCCGCAGGUUGUGCUUGUGCCUAAAUUCUACGAUAGUACGCGACCGUUAAAUUGUAAUCAAUCAAAACUGAAGUGUCAGUCUGCUUAAAGCAACACUUCCCCUUGUCUAAGUACCCCAUUUCAAUGGAUAGAGAAGGUGAAGAAAGUAGCAUGAUACGCACGCAAUUUAUGAAUUUUUAGAGGUUAAUAUUUUUACGCGCCAACAGUUUCUCUCUCUCUAAACUUGUACGUAUUCAUCAACAUAAAAAUUUCAACACUACUUAGUACAUCUUGAUGUUGCAAAGAAGUCCAGUCGUUCUACCCCCGAAUCGAAAAAUUAAAACCUACUAAGGAUCAUCGCUGUGGUAGAAAAUCUGAACAAGCGUACUCCUAUUGAAUUUUUGUAUCAAUGAGUUUCGGUUUCUUGAAGCUCUACAGAAUAGUACAACCUGUAGCAGAAGCUACUACAACGAUUUCCGAUUUCCCGGAGGUCGUGCAUAGGAAGACCUAGGAUCAUCAUCGUGGUCUUCCAGUUUAUGAUGCUAAGAGACAAAAGAGAGGAGCAGAGACCCUGACCUCAUGAAUUUUCCGUGUCAUGUACUGAUCAAAAAUGAACAUUAGCGAAAAAGUUUUUUGCGCUUGGCGCGCCAGGCACGGUGGCGGGUGAGGUGAAAGAAUGCGCCAAAUUUAGCAUUGCGGAAUGGUACAACUUCUCAUCUCUUGAGGAGAGACAGCACAGCAAACGUGAUCUGCUUGGUGGCGGAACGAUCAUAGUGGUAGGUCCGGGUAAGUAGUUGUAGUUGUACGGUUGAUAUUGCAAGAAGAAGGAUCUCUACAUAAGUACAAUUUUUGCGUCGCCAACAAGCUGUAGAUGAAAGAGAAAGUGGUCUUCGUUCUGCUUCAGAACAAAAGCGUUAGCAAUCUGUGACGAACGGUGUGUUACUUACCAUGGAACGAGAUCUACCACGACCACCC